AUGGCUGAAGAAGACGGCACCGCAGGAUCAGGGGAAGACGGUGAUCUGAAGAAAACUGGGAAGGGUCUUCGCGAGCGUAAAGGAGCCCUCAAGAAAAAGAAUAUCUACAAUGUCAAAGAUCAUCGUUUUAUCCCGCGCUUUUUCAAACAACCGACGUUUUGUUCGCACUGCAAAGAUUUCAUUUGGGGAUUCGGUAAACAAGGGUUCCAGUGCCAAGUGUGCAGCUUUGUAGUCCACAAGAGGUGCCAUGAGUACGUUACCUUCACUUGUCCGGGGGUGGACAAAGGAGCCGACUCCGAUGACACUCGGACGAAGCAUAAUUUCAAACCGUACACCUUCAGCUCUCCGACCUUCUGUGAUCAUUGCGGUUCUCUACUGUACGGCGUCAUACAUCAGGGGAUGAAAUGCGCAGCAUGUGAUAUGAACGUUCACAAGAGAUGUGAAGAAAGUGUUCCAAAUUUGUGCGGCUGUGAUCAUACCGAAAGGAGAGGCAGAAUCCAACUCAAAAUUAAUUGCGUAGGAAAUAAGCUUACUAUUGAAGUGUGCCAAGGAAGAAAUUUGAUACCAAUGGAUCCGAACGGAUCUAGUGAUCCCUACGUUAAACUAAAGCUCAUUCCCGACACGGAUGCAGUAAAGAAAAAAACCAAAACGAUUCGGGCUUCGUUGAAUCCUGUUUGGAACGAGACUAUCACUUUUGAAUUGAAACCAGAAGAUAAGGAUCGUCGUUUGUUGGUGGAAGUAUGGGAUUGGGAUCGGACAUCCCGAAAUGAUUUUAUGGGGUCUUUAUCGUUCGGGAUAUCAGAAAUAAUUAAAGCACCCGCCGAUGGUUGGUUCAAACUGUUAACACAAGAAGAAGGAGAAUUCUACAAUGUUCCUGUACCUGAAGAGGGAGUAGAUUUAGCUCAGAUGAAGAUGCAGAUGAGGAAAACAUCUAUAACCAAAAAGCCAUCAGUUGCCGCAGAUAAGGAUGUUCCUCACAACAUGGGCAAAAAAGAUGUCAUAAGGGCUUCCGAUUUCAACUUUCUGAUGGUGCUCGGAAAGGGUUCCUUUGGAAAAGUUAUGCUUGCAGAAAGAAAAGGAACCGACGAAUUAUAUGCUAUAAAAAUCCUCAAGAAAGAUAUUAUCAUUCAGGAUGAUGAUGUUGAAUGCACGAUGGUUGAGAAGAGAGUUUUAGCGUUAUCUAGUAAACCUCCGUUCCUAGUUCAGUUACAUUCCUGCUUCCAAACUAUGGAACGAUUAUAUUUCGUGAUGGAAUAUGUAAAUGGUGGUGACCUGAUGUUCCAAAUUCAGCAAUGUGGAAAAUUUAAAGAACCUGUUGCAGUAUUCUAUGCUGCCGAAAUUGCGAUCGGUUUGUUCUUUUUGCACCAUCGUGGUAUCAUUUAUCGGGAUUUGAAACUUGAUAACGUCCUUUUAGAUCAAGAUGGUCACAUAAAAAUUGCCGAUUUUGGAAUGUGCAAAGAAGGAAUAAUGGGUGAUAAGACAACUAAAACUUUUUGCGGUACACCCGACUACAUUGCUCCAGAAAUUAUUUUGUACCAACCGUAUGGAAAGUCAGUAGACUGGUGGGCUUAUGGUGUUCUACUGUAUGAAAUGCUGGUCGGUCAACCACCAUUCGAUGGGGAAGACGAGGAAGAACUUUUUGCUGCUAUCACCGAUCAUAAUGUUAGUUAUCCGAAAGGUCUAUCGAAAGAGGCUAAAGAAGUGUGCAAAGGGUUGCUUACGAAAAAUCCAAAUAAGAGGCUAGGAUGUGGUCCAGAGGGUGAAGAAAAUAUUCGGGUGCAUGCAUUCUUCAGGAGAAUUGAUUGGGAGAAAAUUGAAAACAGAGAAGUUCAACCACCAUUUAAACCCAAAAUUAAACAUCGUAAAGACGUGAGCAAUUUCGAUAAACAAUUUACAUCAGAAAAGACAGAUCUGACUCCAACUGACAAGUUGUUCAUGAUGAAUCUCGAUCAAACGGAAUUUAUGGGCUUUUCAUUUCUCAACCCCGAAUUCGUACAACACGUCUAAUUACAUAAAUGUAACAUUGGCAAUGAUAUUAACAUAUUCGUCGAAUCAGACAUUCUUGCGGAUUUAACAUGUAAUUUGUUCAACAUAAUCAGUAUUAAAUUUCGAUUAGUUUAGAACCUAUUACUAUUACCUUACUCUUGUGCCAUCGAUUUGACUAAAAGAUGGCGACACAAGGUCGUUUGCCACUUUGCAAUCUAUCUGACUUUCGAACCAAACGAGAGGGAAUCUCGAUUGGAAAAUAGUUAUUUAUUCCACUGCGGGAAUAAUUUUGUUCAGAAAAUUGGAAUUUGAAAUCAUAAAGAACGUACUAUACCUUCUUAUGUACUUAUCAUACAUAUAUACGGUGAUCAUAAAAGGAAGUACAACAGCAAGUAAGUUUUUUGUUCCUGAAGUUAGAGAAUUUUAAUUUUGUGCUCUAAAUACGUGAUAAUUUUAGUGAGAAUUGUACAGAAAAUUCUUAGUAAUUUCCAAUAGUAGGUAUUGAUGAAUCUUAAAUAUAAGAAAUGUAGUAAAACCUUAAUUUUUUUUAUAGUCAUCUGACUAUGAAAACAAUUAUUGUUACUUACAAAAUUUACCAGGUAAUUGUGCAGAGAUGAUGAUACCCCCUCUCUUAUUAGGGGCAAAAGGGAAAAGGGGUUGAGACAGAUACUAAACUAGUGUUCUUAGGUGGGGGCAGAGACAUGGAAGCGCAAAAGGGCUGAGGGUGAAAUUUGAAAAUAUUAACAGUGUUGUACUGUAUGUGAGGCAACUGUUCAGCUGGAGGGAGGUAGUGAAAGGGGUAGAGAUGGCCCUGUAGAACACACAAAAAUUUGAAAAAGAAACUAACGUAACUUUUUGUCUUCACUUCUACCCCCACUCAAAAUCAUUUUUUUGUGUUCUACACACACCACAAUUACCAAUUUUCACCGCCACCACCUGCGGCUUUUCAUCUAAUGACGCAAAUACACUUAUUUAGUAUUCGCCCCUCUUUUCCUCCCAUUCUGAGACAAAUCAUCUGCAGAAUUACCGUCUACUCGAAAUGUUCACAAGAUGCCAUAAAUCUUUAAUUCUAGUAUAUAUAUUCGGGAAUCGUGAGCCACCCUGUAUAUAUUUAGGAAUUUAUAUUUCGAUGGCAAUUAAAAUAAAUCAAUUACAAAGAAAGCAAAAGCAAAACCAAAAACACAAAUUUCCCACAGGUACCUAUCUAUGUUUGAGUGUACCCUAGUACUUUAUGUUGCCAAUUUUCGUAUUAAUUAUUUUUCGAUCACCGUAAACAAUGUUUAUAUUUAAUUUAAUUGCAAUAUUGAGAAAAAAGAAUUGAGGUGCUUUUAUAGCUAUUCCCACUCUCUUAAAAAUAUUAAAUAAAUACACAUAAAUAAAAUUACUAUACAGUUUACUUGUAUUAUUAGGGGCGCGCAAUAUUUACUGUAAAAAUUAACUUGUAAUUAAUUCUCUUUUAUUAUAAUUACAUAAGUAUUUAUUCAUAAUUUUAACUAGAUAAUAUUUAAGGCUACAUAAACUUCCUAAUGACAAUCCUUCAUAUCAUAUAUGCACGCUAUCUAAAAAACAUUCAGAGAAAAGUAUAAAAGUAACACUUUUGGAAGAUAUUCUAAAAUAUUUACUUUUUUAGAAUUAUUCAAUAAGUAUUCAUUACAGAAAACUGCAAGUAAAAAUAGGUGAUAUAAAUCGCUCCUACAUCUGCUUACAGUAAAUAAAUCCCAUUCUGAUAGUAGGUACCUAUUAUACUUAAAUGAAUUUUUGCGCACCCCUACAGUUAAUACCUUUAAAAUAAUUUCCAAUCUCAUUUAGUGUACCUACAUAAUAUAUACAUGCAUAUGUGUAUCAGUAAAGAUAUUUAAAAAAACAUAUCUUUUGACCAAAGAUUCUUUACCACGACUGUUUUGAAACUUCAUCCCUACGCACUACCAAAAUAUAGACAUCAUAUUCCAGCAUUUAACACUUCCAAAAUAAUUGUCUAUUUCUCUUUCUAUUUCUCUCCAGUAGCGUUUCCAGUUAAUAUUGUCGUAUUCUGAAGUACGUAAAUACGUAAUAUUUAAUUGAUAAAUACUUUUAGGAAAUUGUUGUUGCGUACUGUUCUUAUUGCUCGUUCCUGGAGAGUUCUUGUGCCAUAUAUUUAAUGAUAUUAUUAUAAUUAUAAUUGAUCUUUAAUAUAGAAUCUCGAAACGUUGAAAUGUAAAAAAAGUAACACCUUGUACUUCACUCUUUUAUAACAUUGUCGUAUACUUACGACUGCCUUAGACUUCUUGAAUACAAUACUUACUAUUUACGCUAAUGUUUAGAAUAUGUAAUUAAAAAUACUUUUCCUACUUUGAACUGUUGAAUAUUACUGAUUGUACG